AUGGGCCGGCGGCCGCCCGUCCCGGCCGGAGGAGCCCCCCGGCCGCGCGCCGCCCUGGCGGGGCUGCUGCUGCUGGCGCCGCUGCUGCUGCGGGCGGGCGGGGGCUGCCCGACGGCGUGCUUCUGCUUCGCCACGCCCGACACGGUGCAGUGCCGCCUGGGCCGCCUGAGCGCGCCGCCCGCCGCCCUGCCGCCCUCGGCGCGCAACCUCUCCAUCGUGGGCGGCCGCCUGACGGUGCUGCGCGCCGCCGCCUUCGCCGGGGGGCUGGGGGCGGGGGGCGCGGGGGCGGCGCGGCCCCUGCCCCACCUGGCGCUGCUGCUGCUGAGCCACGACGCCAUCGAGGCGCUGGAGGGGGCCGCCUUCGCCGGCCUGCCCGCCCUGGCCACGCUCGACCUGAGCCACAACCGCCUGCGCGCCGUGGCCCCCGACGCCUUCGCCGCCUGCGGCCAGCUGCGCACGCUGCGCCUCAACCAGGCGCUGGCGGCGGCGCGGGACGGCGCGGCGCUGGGCGCGCUGCUGGGCGGCGCCCUGGUGAACCUCAGCCUGGCGCGCCUGGAGCUGGCCGGCAACGCGCUGCGCGAGCUGCCGCCCUGCGCCGCCCUGCCGCCCGGCCUGCGCCUCCUGGACGCGCGCAACAACUCGCUGCGGGCCCUGCCGGCCGAGCAGCUCGACGGGCUGGCGGCGCUGGGCCGGCCGCGCCUGCAGCUGGCCGCCAACCCGCUGCGCUGCGACUGCGCCUCCCUGCCGCCCUUGCUGGCCUGGCUGCGCAACGCCUCCGCGCCGACGGGGCCCCCCCUCCGCUGCGCCUCGCCGCCCGCCCUGCGGGGCCGGCCGCUGGCGCGCCUGCGGGCCUCGCAGGUGGGCUGCCCCGACGGCGCCGGGUGGGGCCUCCCCGACAGUGACGACGAUGCCCCCGGCCCGCCCGAGACCGCCUCCUACGUCUUCUUGGGCAUCGUGCUGGCCCUCAUCGGCGUGGUCUUCCUCACGGUGCUCUACCUCAACCGCAAGGGCAUCAAGCGCUGGCUCAGCAACCUGCGGGACGCCUGCCGGGACCAGAUGGAGGGCUACCACUACCGCUACGAGCAGGACUGCGACCCCCACAGGGGCGGCCCGGGGGACCUCUGA